UGAAAACAAUCGCUUAGAUCCGGGCAGUUCUUCCACAAGCUCUGCUGACUGGCGCUUUAACUCUCAUUAGCUUGUGGCCUGUGUGCAGUUUUAUGCGACAAAACAGUAUUUAUAUUUAAUCUAGCUACCACGAUGGGCUUGAAUCCCAAUAGGCCUGCGUCCUCUGCUGGGGCUGAGCGACUGGCCGACACGACACGGGUUCAUCCCGAUAAACAGGACCAGUUGUGGAAAGAGAGGGUACGGAAAGAGAGGAAAUCAGCAAUGGAAUGGGAGGAAACCUUGGAUAUCAAGGAUAUUCAUCACAUGGGACCUUUUCCGAACAACCUUUCAGUUUUCUCUGAUUGCAUUCCCAACACUACCAACCAAGUGUAUGGUAGCAGAUUGAACACUCCACUGGGAGAUGAACUGCUUAGACAGGAAAGGCUGACACUCUGGCCAGCAGGCCAACGCAAACAAAAGCCAGACCCAGAGCUGCUGCCUUUCUAGGCUACUCUGGACACUCGGUGUUGAAGAAUCAAGCACAAAUCAACUUCAAAGCAGGAAUAAAGCUACUUAAACCAAAAAA